AUGGCGGGCGUCGCUACAGCGGCAUAUUCUACAGAUGCCUUAGCAUCGCCCGUGGACGGCUCGCAAUGGGAGUUUGCGGUGCCACUCGGGAAUGAGGAGCACCACCUCUCGAACUCACGCAACUCGCACGACUCGAAUUCCAUCCCAGCAAAAUUUUCUCGACAGCAUAACUCCAACGGUUCACGCAGUUCCUCGAUCUCCCGCACUAUCCACGCACAUGAAUCGCCGUAUCUAACCUCCAACCGAGGCCGGAGAGAACAUAGUCUCAAUAGACAUGGGAACGAAGUAAGCGGUAUGCGAGAAGCUCCUGGAAACGAUGCAGCCACUCGCAAAGAGCUCGAAGACGGUAACGACAGUCACAAGUUGCACUUGGACGGUCAGACAAGCCAGGAAAAGUGGAUCCACCGAGACAAGCUAGCAAAGAUCGAGAGCGAAGAGCUUCACCAGGCCGCUAUUCUCUUCCAGCGACGGAUGAGAGGGGAAAGCAAAUCGAGUGCAGGACGCGGAAGGCACCAUGAUGCCCAUCAGAACGCUGCUAAUGGAACCGGUACGGCGACCUCACCAACUACAGAAUACUCCGAACCAUGGCCGGAAAUGAAGGAAGAACGCGGCACUCGGGGCGUGAAUAAAGAGGUAAAAGAUGAAGACCGGCAGCACUGGGAUCUCCGCCGACCGGAGGAGAUUGCUGCGGACGAUGCAGCCACUAGCCUCUACAGCAACCCAAGUCUUGGAAAAAGCGCCUCUCGUAUACCCGUUUCUACAGUUAGCCCAGUUCCCGUAUCCGGCGGCAUGGGACGUGAUUCUCGCAGUUCACGGAGCCGUGCCGCAACAGACGAAGACGACCGAUCUUCCCGGAGCCGCAGAGCUAGCGAGCCUAUUAAUAUCGAGCCCGAUACUUCGACUCCUCCGCCAGGAAGUCGACCAGGUAGCCGGGGAUUUAGCAACACCCCAAUUACCUCAGGCAAGAAGAUAGCAAAGACCGCGGGUUCUACCAGUCGAAAGACCUCUGCUCCCCCCGCAAGCAGAAAGACAAGCACUGCUCGCUCUCGUGCUGUAUCCGGUAACACUACACAACGACCUACCACCCGGUCAGGCGAAAGCCGCCCUCCGACUGCGGCUAACCGACCUGAAGGAGACCCACCCUGGUUGGCAACCAUGUAUAAGCCCGACCCUCGCCUGCCACCAGACCAGCAAAUGAUCCCGACCGUCGCCAAAAAGAUAAUGCAGGAACAAUGGGAGAAGGAAGGUCGGACACCGAACAUAUACGAUCGCCAUUUCGCGCCCCUCGCAGUAAAUGCAUACGAUACACGACCCCCUGCUCCCACCAAGGUUGAGGAUGAGAAGCUCGAACCGGAACCGGAACCGGAACCAGAAUCACAGCCUGUUGAGUCUUUGCAGCUCGAAGAAUUGCCACCUCGACCCCCGAAGAGCCCGGAACCGCCGCGCCCGAACACAAGUACAGGCUACAGCACUAUGCCCAGGGUGCAAGAUACUCCUCCAAUGGGACUGAUGCCUAACCCUAACCCCAAUUGGAACCCCCCUGUUGUUACCGCGCAGGAGCUACCAAAGAAAGAGAAAAGCUGUGGAUGCUGCAUUGUGAUGUGA